UUAGUAAGCAGAGUAUCCCUUCUUGAUUUGGAUGCUAUCUUCUUGUUUCAUACCCUUUGCGAUGUGCGAUCUGUGAUCACUGACCAGGAACGUUGUGUUGUUAUCUGAAAUGUAAAGCAUAAUAUUUCACAUGGUGUAGAGGGGUUGAAGCCAAUCAUGUGCUGUUUCUGUAUAUGAGAAGUGUAGACGUUUCUUCUCAUCAGAUGAAUUUUGAAUCAGCUUAUGCCCUGACAGUGUAUUUCAGCUUUUUGUUAUGCUAGUUUUUGUCUCGGCUUCCUGGUUCUUGGCUUUGGAGUUGGUUUUUGUUAUGAUAGUAGUUCUGUUAUAUACAUAUCGUAAGAGAUAACCGAAAUUUUGAUCUGAAGCAAGUUUGAAAUUCUGAUUUGAUAAAAGUAUACUCCUCGUGUUCUUGUGUUACUUAUUGAAUUGUGUGAAAAAACUCAAAUCUCUCAAUUUUAAUGUUCCAGUUAAAAAAACAGAGCCAUACUUGUCUAGUCUUGAAAACAAUUGAAAACAAGAUUUGGUUAAGCACACUCUGACUAAGGGUAAUAUACAUAGCCCGGGUUAUACCCGUUGAAAUAACUAAACAGAGUUUCUUAUCCUUUGUAUCUCACACUAACAGUUUGUUUCUUAUUUCACUGUGUUAUAUAGCUCAUCAUGCCCUCCUGCCCAGGUGAGUAACAUCUCGUGAAGCAAGCCAGUUUCCUGAAAUGGCUACUGUUUGUGUGUGCUAUCCCUAUAUGGGAUUUGUUUUAUUUUAGUUAUAUAGUGUGAAUUGCUUUUUUUUUUCCUAAUGGUCACUGAUGCAAUAUCCUUUUGUUUUUGUUGAUUUGUGUUUUGGAGUGUUCAUUGUAAUGUGUUUCGAUCUUGAAAGCUUUUCUACUCUUUUUCUUCUUCUUCGUGAGGAUUACUUAAGCUUGGGAAUUUGGUUGGAUCAAACCUCGUCUGGCAAGUAUUUACAUAGUUGUUACUUAUUCGAAUUAGCUUAUGAUGAGAGCUUGUUUCUCUGACGAAUGGGUUAUGAGACAAGGGAAGUUUUAUUUUCAUCCAAGAUGGAUUCGUCUGAUCACGCGUUUGCAUGUAUGGGCAAAAGCACACCUUUCACAUGGAUGCUGGUUUCAUGGAAGAUCUUGCCUCCUGAAUCCAUCUCUCCGUGAACUCUGAAUUGGUUUUCACUUUGAGCUAUCCACGUUUAAUGCAUUUGGAGGUUUUGAUUCGUGAAGUUGAGUGGGCACAUUGUGUCAAAUAUGUGAAACGUAGAAUAACGGAAAAGUAUAGUAUAUGGGUUGUUUCCAGAAACGUGUACUAAAGUGGGGACCAUUUCAGGAGGAGGCUUUUCGAUAUCUUGAUAUAAAUUUAGCAUCUUUGGACUCGUGCACUUGCAAAGCUCUUCUCUUCAUAUGCUCAAACUAUUCAAAAAUCUUAUAUUCAUAUCUUUUCCUCUCUUCCUUUUUCUGAUAUUUGCUCAGCUUCUUGUUGUCGUGAGCAGUGAGUCUCUCUCUAUUGUGCAGCCAUGGGAGGAUGUCUCUCUGUCUCGAUGUCAUGUGACCAAAUGGUGAAUCAAGUCUCCAAAUGGUUAUGCCUCAAGGGAAGUUAUAUUCACAACCUCGCUGAGAAUCUAGUGUCUCUCGAGAAAGCCAUGGGAGAGCUCAAGGCAAAGCGAGAUGAUGUCCAAGGAAGGAUACAAAGAGAAGAAUUCACUGGGCAUCGUCAAAGGCUUGCUCAAGUCCAGGUAUGGCUUACGAGGAUCCUUGACAUCGAAAACCAAUAUAAUGACCUUCUUAGUACUAGUAAGAUCGAGCUUGAGAGGCUGUGUAUGUGUGGAUUUUGCUCUAAAAAUUUGAAACUAAGCUAUCUUUACGGGAAAAGGGUUAUCUUAGUAUUGAGGGAGGUUGAGCGUCUUAUUUCUCAAGGAGAAUUUGAUGUGGUGACUGAGGCAACUCCUAUACCUGAGGUUGAAGAGUUGCCUACUCAUCCCACAAUUGUUGGUCAGGAAACAACACUCGAAAGAGUGUGGAACCGUCUGCUGAAAGAUACAGUAGGGAUUGUGGGUCUGCACGGUAUGGGUGGUGUAGGCAAAACCACCCUUCUCACGCAGAUCAACAACAAGUUUUCCAAAACAGGCGAAGGGUUUGAUAUUGUGAUAUGGGUUGAAGUCUCUAGAAAUGCUUCAGUCCGUAAGAUUCAAGAGAGCAUUGCUGAAAAACUAGGCCUUGUGGGGAAAGAGUGGGAUGAGAAAAACGAAAAAGAGAGAGCUCUUGACAUCCACAACGUUCUCAGGAGGAAGAAGUUUGUGCUGUUGUUGGAUGAUAUAUGGGAGAAAGUAAACUUAUAUGCGGUUGGAGUACCGUAUCCGAGCAUGGAAAACGGAUGCAAAGUAGUAUUCACCACCCGGUCUCAUGACGUAUGUGGGCGUAUGGGAGUUAAUGACCCAAUCGAAGUCGCUUGUCUGGACCCUGACAAAGCCUGGGACUUGUUCAAAAAGAAAGUCGGAGAAAACACACUGGAAAGCCACACAGAAAUUCCCAAACUCGCAAGACAAGUCGCUGACAGAUGCCGUGGCCUACCAUUAGCACUCAAUGUCAUAGGCGAAACUAUGGCUUGCAAGAACACAGUACAAGAGUGGCAUCUAGCACUUGACGAUUUGAAUUCAUCUGCUCAAGAGUUCUCAGGCAUGGAAGAUGAGAUUCUUCCCAUUUUGAAGUAUAGCUAUGAUAAUUUAAAGGGUGAGCAAGCGAAAUCAUGUUUCCUCUAUUGCUCUCUGUUAACACGUCGUUUUAAAAAAGAGACAUUGAUAGAGUACUGGAUAUGUGAAGGAUUCAUAGAUGAAAAGGAAGGUAGAGAGAGGGCGUUAAAACUGGGUUAUGCGAUACUCGGGACUCUUGUCCGUGCAAGUUUGUUGGAGGAAGACGAGUAUGCACCAUAUUUGAGACUUCAUGAUGUAGUACGGGAUAUGGGAGUAUGGAUAGCAUCUGAUCUAGGGAAGCACAAAGAAAGAUGUAUUGUGCAAACUGACAUUGGGUUACGUGAGAUGCCUAAAGUAAAGAAGUGGAAAGAUGUGAGAAAGAUGUCGUUGAUGGGUACUAGUAUUGAGAAGAUAUCGGAGAGUCCCAACUGUCCUGAACUCACAACUCUCCUCCUAGAGUGGAACACACGCUUAACAACAAUCUGUGGUGAUUUUUUUUGGUCUAUGCCUAGGCUACUCGUUUUGGAUUUAUCAUGGUGUGGCUAUUUAAAUGGAUUGCCAGAGCAGAUAUCAAGAUUGUCUUCUCUGCGAUGUCUUGACUUGUCAGAGACGCAGAUAAAUCGACUACCUGAUGGAUUCCAAGAGUUGAAAAUGCUAAUACAUCUGAAUUUGGAGCACACCAAGGUUGUGAGUUGUGAUGGGAUAUCGAAUUUGUCGAGAUUGAGAACAUUGAAACUACUAGGAUCCGAAGUGUGGCUAGAUAUGAGCCUAAUGAAGGAGCUGCAGCUCUUAGAGCAUCUGGAGUAUGUAAGCAUAAAUAUGUUUUCUAGUUUGGUUGGGAAGCUAUUGUUAUAUGAUCCCAGAGUAGGGAGUUGUAUUCAACAGAUUAAUACUGUGGACCGUCCAGAAGAAGAAUCAGUGGAAGUAUUCGUUUUGCCAGCUAUGGAUACUCUCCGACGAAUCAAUAUAUGGAAUUGUGGAGGGAGGGAGAUAGAGGUAGUAGAGAAGACACCACUGAACAAAAGUCCUACAAGUCCUCUGUGCUUCUCAAAUCUCUCGCAUGUGCAGAUAGGAGAGUGUGAUGGUCUCAAAGAUUUGACGUGGCUGCUGUUCGCGCCAAACCUUACUUCCCUUUAUGUGUUACAGUCAAAACAACUAGAGGAGAUAAUAAGCAAAGACAAAGCUGCGAGUGUUUUGGAGAAGAAGGAUACUCUUGUUCCUUUCAAUAAUCUAACGGACCUUCAUUUGGCUGAUUUGCCCGAGCUGAAGAGCAUCUUCUGGAGUGCUCUGCCUUUUCCACGUCUGAAAUCUUUUGGCGUCUUCGAGUGCUUGAAGCUGAGAAAGCUUCCAUUAGAUUCAAAAAGCAUCUUAAAGGUUGAAGAAUUUGAAUUUUAUUGCAAAGAAGAAGAGUGGAUGCAAGGUAUUGAAUGGAAGGACGAAGCCACGCGAAACCGUUUCUUACCUUCAUUUAAGCGGCAUCCAAAUCGUUAAACUUAUCUGUGGAGGAGAGUAAGUUUGAAGUUGUUGAAAUGAUUCAUAACUUUGCAUUAUUCUUUUGAAGUUAUUGUAGAUCCUUUAAAUCUCAGUAUAGUUGCAUUGGAUACUCUUUCUGUUGCCUCUGCUAUAUAUGCCUUACCUACUCCACAACUUCGCAAAGCAAACA